CGUCUCCACCCAACACCAACACCAACCCCAUCCCUAAUCACAACCCCACCGAACCACGAGCACCAAAAAACCGAGAGCACCAAAGAAGGAAUCCAAGCUCUCUCUUUCUCCACCGCAGCCGCAGGGGACUCUGCCGGAGAAAAAGGCGUCCACUGGUGUGGUGAACCAAUCCCCCUCCCAAGCCCUCGAGAUCCGGAGUCGCUGAUUCGUCGCGCCCUGUCCGGUCCAGACACGAUCCAUCAACGGAUGGCUUCGAUUGCGCCGCCGCCGCCUUCGUCCGUCGCCGCGCUCCGCCGCCACCCGGUGCAGUUCUUGAGAGGCAGUGAUGUUUCCAAGGAGACAAAGGGAUCAGUUUCCUAUUCUUUUGUUGCAAAUUCAAGAAAUGCCAAUGUGAAAUCCGUGGGCCUGAGGGUUGCUGCAUCCUUGAAAAACAUCAGCAGUUUUCCAGAUGAAGGUUAUUUGGAAAAUGAUGACACGCUGUUGCCAAAGAGUACUUCUGUUCGAGGCCAGGACUAUCCAACCACAGACUCUGUUCUACCAACAGAUUCCAUUGUUGUGCCAGAAAUCAUUUCUACUGAUCUGUUUCGUGCUGUGGAUACAUUCUCGAACGAUAAUGAUGACACCGAACAUGAUUUGGAUAGCCCAACGGAGGGCUUCUCAUCUAUUUCUGAGGCUAUUGAGGACAUUCGGCAGGGAAAACUCGUGAUUGUCGUGGAUGAUGAAUCAAGAGAAAAUGAAGGGGAUCUUAUACUGGCUGCUUCUAUGGUUACUCCAGAGGCUAUGGCUUUUAUAGUAAGGUAUAGCACAGGAAUCGUGUGUGUUAGCAUGAAAGAAGAUGACCUGGAAAGAUUGAACCUUCCUUUGAUGGUUUCAACAAAGGAAAAUGAGGAAAAGCUCUGUACUGCAUUCACCAUUACUGUGGAUGCUAAAGAAGGCACGACGACUGGGGUAUCUGCAAAAGAUAGAGCAAAGACAGUCCUGACUCUUGCAUCUCCUCACUCAAAGCCUGAAGACUUCAACCGACCUGGCCAUAUUUUUCCUCUGAAGUACAGAGAGGGUGGUGUUCUGAAACGAGCUGGGCACACUGAAGCAUCUGUUGAUCUUGCUGUGCUGGCUGGGCUUCCUCCAGUUGGCUUACUCUGUGAGAUUGUGGAUGAGGAUGGCUCCAUGGCUCGCUUACCCAGGCUGCGUGUAUUUGCUGAACGGGAGAAUUUGAAGAUUGUAUCAAUUGCUGAUUUGAUUAGAUAUAGGAGGAAAAGGGACAGGCUAAUUGAACGGGCAUCUGUUGCACGCUUACCUUUGAGAUGGGGCAAUGUCCGUGCUUACUGCUACAGAUCUGUUAUUGAUGGAAUUGAGCAUAUUGCAAUGGUGAAAGGUGAGGUUGGAGAUGGUCAAGAUAUUUUGGUGAGGGUUCAUUCUGAGUGCCUCACAGGAGACAUUUUUGGAUCAGCAAGAUGUGAUUGUGGUGACCAGCUUUCAAAGUCAAUGGAGAUGAUUGAGAAGGCUGGAAGGGGUGUACUAGUUUAUCUUCGUGGACAUGAAGGAAGGGGCAUUGGUCUGGGUCACAAGCUUCGUGCUUAUAACCUCCAAGAUGAUGGCCGUGACACAGUGGAGGCAAACGAGGAACUAGGAUUGCCUGUGGACUCAAGGGAAUAUGGGAUUGGUGCACAGAUAUUACGCGACCUAGGAGUCCGUUCAAUGAAGUUGAUCACCAACAAUCCUGCAAAAUACGUUGGCCUCAAGGGCUACGGAUUGAGCAUUGUGGGUAGGGUUCCCUUGGUAACUCCAAUAACCACUGAGAAUCGGAGAUACCUGGAAACUAAAAGAUCGAAAAUGGGGCAUGUGUAUGGAGUAGCCAAUGGUCAGGUUAACCAUCCGACCACAGGCAACAGCACAGAUGAGAAGCACUAGGCCAAAUGGACUUGCUUCCUUUUUUUUCUUUUUUCUUUUUGAAGAAACGCAGUACAGAGACGCAGACGUUCAUAUUCUUCUUUGGUGAAGUUCACCAGAUCAUUUCACUCCACAUGUUCCAACUGAAUUGUUUUUAGGUCAUCAUUUGUUGAAAGAUGGAUAUUUGACAAAUAAUGUUAAUAAAUUGUAUUUCCUUUUCCCUGCAAA